CCACCGGCUGUUUAUCGAUAAGUCCCCACAACGCAUGUCGUAAUCGUAAUUUGUUAAAUUCGUAUUAAAUCAAUUAAAAAUUAAUUGAAAUGGCUCAGAGCAGGCUGGAAAAGAUCGGAACCAUCUUCACGAGAGUUCAGGGACUGCUUCGUGGUGGAGCUAUGAAAACCGAAGACAAACCCAUUUGGUAUGAUGUUUACGCCGCCUUUCCACCAAAACUGGAGCCCCGAUUCGAUAGACCCGCUCCCGAGAUCCCAGUGCGUCAGAUAUUCUAUGCCGAGGAUGUGGUGCGAGCGAAGCUCCAUAAGCAGAAUAAGCCCCAGGAAACCAUAUCACUGUUUGAUCACAGGCGCAGCACUCAGUCGCAGCAGUUUGUGCAGAUCUACCAGGACUUGAAGGCCCAGGGAGCACUGGAUGAGCAGAAGAUCUACGAGACGGCUCUGGAUCUCCUGGCCGAGCAGCGUCAGCAAUCCCGCCUGGAGGCCACUCCAGAGCAGUCCCUGCCGGAACUGGACGCGGAAUCCAAAAGCCAGCUACUGAGCGACUUCAAGGAGGCAGUGGGAAGCCAACCGACCACGUCGUCAUCCUCUCCAGCUCCGCCCAAAGCGAAAAAGGACACCAGCGUGGGCAUUAACAUAGACAGCUUGUUCAAGGAUUAGACGGAGAAACUUUUAUAAACUAAAAAUAAACUUGUUAUACAUCAAA